AGAAAAAAAACGAGUGCGACCUUUUCGUCCUUCCGCAGCUACCAAAUCCCUUCCACAGCUUCUGAAAUCCCUUCAACAUCGUCAAUCCCACUUCCACAGCUUCUGAAAUCAAGAAGGAAACACAGAAAGGACGGGCAAUUCGAGGGAGGAAUCUGCCAUCCCGUCUCACCGUUCUCCCAAUCUGAGAGCGUUCCCAGGACCUAGGGUUCAUGAGAUCCAGCCCCAGGAUGGACCCGAACCCCAGAGCUCCCCUCCUCCUCGCCAUCAUCGUCCUCGCGCUCGGCGCAUCCGUGGCUGCCGGCGCCAAGGACGACGCGUCGGGGGUCUCCCUGGGCCGCCGCGCCGGGGGCUUCUUGCAUGGCCUGAAGAAGAAGGACGCACUGGUGGAGGGCGAUCAUGGGGUGGCCCUUGACGAGGUUGGACCGGGGCUGUUCGAUGCGCUCUUCGCCAGCCUCUCCAUGAUACUAGUCAGUGAGAUUGGAGAUGAGACCUUUAUCAUUGCUGCGCUGAUGGCGAUGCGGCAUCCCAAGUCAAUUGUGUUGUCUGGUGCACUAUCUGCGCUAUACGUGAUGACGGUAUUGUCAACUGGACUUGGUAGAAUAGUGCCCAACUUGAUAUCAAGGAAGCACACUAAUAGUGCUGCUACAGUUUUGUACUUGUUCUUUGGACUACGGUUACUCUAUAUUGCUUGGAAAUCUGACCCAAAGGGAUCCCAGAAGAAGGAAAUGGAAGAAUUAGAAGAGAAGCUUGAGUCUGGUCAAGGAAAAUCAACCAUCCGUAGGUUCUUUGCAAGAUUUUGUACACCAAUCUUUUUGGAGGCUUUCAUCUUAACCUUCUUAGCUGAAUGGGGUGACCGAAGCCAAAUAGCAACAAUUGCGCUGGCAACACACAAGAAUGCAAUUGGAGUUGCAGUCGGAGCAUCACUGGGGCACACAUUGUGCACAUCUCUUGCUGUGGUAGGAGGGAGCAUGUUGGCAUCAAAGAUUUCGCAGCGAACAGUAGCGACAAUUGGAGGUGUUCUCUUCUUAGGAUUUUCUGUUUCAUCCUACUUCUACCCCCCGUUGUGAUGAAAAGGUACUAGCAGCUACUUCCACUUGGAUGGUAGUCUUGAACUGUUUCAUGUCCUGCUGUAUGAAACAUAGCAACUUCCCGUACGUUGGUGAUUGAAACAAAGAUGAUGAAGUAACCCAAAUCAUUCCAGUAUGCCUCGAGUCGCGGGCUCCAUGUAAUGUACAGACACAUUCCUGACAACAAUGUUCUCUGCCAUGCUGCCUUCAGUCCUAUGUAGAAGCUGUCUCAUUGAUAGCAUGGCCAAUUUUUUAUUGCUUGUAUCCAAAGUAUAACAUACUAUACGCUGCUCUGAUCUCUUCUCCAAGAAAAAGUUUCCCUAUCA